AGCAAGGAAGGAACUGCCUGGCCUGGCUGCUGAGGCUGCCACAGAGCUGGAUUACCUAGUGCUGUGGGACCCAGCUCCCACAGAUCACGGCUGUGGGGACACUGUGGGUAGGGCAUAGUAAGGGCAGUGUGAAGGCAGAAGAAGCCAGGACUCUGGAACCUGAACAGCCUUAGUUAGCCACAUUCUGGGCAGCCCCAUAGACAGAGCCAGAUAGACAGAGCCAGACCAGGUUGCAGGGAAGCCUGUCUCUGCCCAGGGAGGCUAGCAGAAGCCUGCUCACAGGUUGCAACCCCUCAGAGGCUCUGAGCAGCCACUCUAAGCAGGGUGGUUUUCCUACCCUGCCAUCUGGUAACUGACUUAUUGCUGCUGCCUGGGGUCUGAGGCCAUUCACAGUGUGGCUGCAUUGAUGGUGUCUCUAUGGUGCUUGUUGGACGGUCAACCCGUAGGCUGUUUGCAGACCAGAACUGCCUCUGCACUGGGCCUCCUCUAGGGACCAAGGGUCGAUAGGGGCGGCUCCCUCCUGCCAGUCUGGACUUGCACAACUCUGAGCAGGGAGGAGGCACUGGGCAGGGCACCUGCAGGUGUGGAGGGGUUUGUAUGGUGAGAUUUUCCAGCCAUGAGGCAGAACUAGAGACUGCUUCUCCUAGGAGGCCCCAGCUCCUGGCCAGGUGAGUGCUAGAUCUUCUUAGAGGGAGGCUGGAAGGGUGGGACAGGCAGCCUGAGGGGCCCGAACUGGCCAAUUAGAUGGAUGGCAGAUGGAGGACGGUUGAUUUACACUGGUAUCUGUGGAAUGCUAAGGAGACACUGCCCAGGUCUGGCCUGAGGCUUGUUCUCCAAGCUUCCUGAGUGAAGCCUGGACCCACACAGGGUCUGGCAGCCAUUACCUUCUGGGCCAUGGGAAGGGAGGCAGGGCAAGGAAGACCCGUUUCGCAGAGACACUGCGACUAGCUUUUGGGUUGGGGAGGAGUGUGAAGGUAGGUACACACCCCUCGUUCAGGUUAGGCCAUUGUGUUUGGGGCCCAAGAUUCAGGAAGGAGCAGAGCGGGAGGAGAGUGGUAAGCAACUGGACCUCCGCCUCCAGGACAGCCAGCCCCCUGUGACACUCUUAAUUGUUAGGUACUGACUCACCCCACUUCAAAGGCCUUGGCCUUGGUUCAGCUAUUUAACCUGCUGCGGGAAGCCUGUCACUCUGGAACUCUGCCCAAGGAGAGCUGAGCCCUACCUGCAGACCUGCUCCUCACCUGGGCAGGUACCUCUUCCUCCUCGCCAGUCUACACAAGCUCAAGAGCGGUCCCCAAGGGCUACCAGGGCCCUGCUGCCUGCGGCUUGGCUCAGGGAUGCCCGGCUCCGAGAUGCCUGCUCCCUGUGUCUUUGCUCCUGACAUGGCCGAGCAGGUGCCCCUGUGGCAUCACUACCUGUUGGCCAUCCAGUCAAGGGAGUCACCCCGUGUCCAGGACUACCAGAGAGCAGAGAAUAUCCUGCUUACUGUGCUGGAACGUGCCCAUGCCUUGGACUCCCGCUUCAUUGUUGACUAUUCUCGAGACCUAGAGGCCUUCCAGUUUGCUUUGCGUUCCUCAGAGGACCCACUGGAUGUGGAGGUGCUCCUGGGGGUGGACUCUGAGGCUCUCCUGAUUGAGGAGUCAGAAGCCAGUGAGCCAGGGGAUGGCCCUGCCAUCUGCCGACUGGGUGUCCUCAAGGAGGCAUCUGGCCUGGGGCCAUGGAUGACUGAUGACAUCUUCAGUGUCUCCUCAGAGGACAGAGACAAGUGCAGUGGCCACAUCAUACCCGGUAAAGUCCUGUGUGUCCUCAAAGAUCUUCUGGUGGCUGCCAUUGUACACUGCAAGCACCACAGGCUCAUUCCGCCAGGUUCACUGAAUGCUGCUAGCUUGAAGGGAGGGCAGAUGCGCCUGUCCCUGCAGGUGUCCAGCGGCUGGAGGAAGAUCCGCUUCAACGUUGUACCUGUGGUGAAGAAGAAGCACAGGGUGCCUGCCUUGGAGGGGGCCCUGCUGAAGCUUGGAUUUCCUGAGGGCAUCUUGAGAAGAAUUGCCAGCCACGGGGUGGACCUGGUACCAGCUAACGCCCAGCAUUGGAGGAUCUCCACUGGCUACCUGCUCAGUCGGCUGCUUGAUGCACUAGGCUCCCUCCCUGGCCACCGCCUGGACAGCCUCUCCAUUCUCGACCGCGUAAACCUAGAGAGCUGGCGAGGUGGCAGCCAGAACCAUGGCCUAACUUUUGACCACCUGAAGACAGUGCUGCUGUGGGCCUCGACGCUGUUCCCAGCACCAGAGGACUGGGCAGACCUGCAGGGCUCAGUGUACCGCCAGCUGGUAGUGCUACUCUGCUGCCUGGCUACCAGGAACCUGCCCCACUUCCUGUACCCAGAGUGCAACUUGCUGCAGGACAGUGGCCUGGACCUUGGCAUCAUCUACCAACAAGUGGAACACUUCGCCAGUCAGCCCGAAGAGUCCUUGCGAAUCCAUGUCACCCACCUGGGCCACAGCCGUCCACCACGCAUUGACAAUGGUGUCAAGGCCCUCCUGCAGCUCCCUGCCAGUGACCCUACCUACUGGACCACAGCCUACUUUGAUUUUCUGCUAGAUAAGUUCCAGGUCUUUAACAUCCAGGAUAAGGACAGAAUCUCAGCCAUGCAGAACAUCUUCCAGAAGACCAAGACCAUGGGGAGUGAGAACAGCUGAGCUGGACUGGGAGACCCAGUCUCUACCAACCUGCAGAGCUCCCCGGAACCUUUGGGAAAAGAAUGGGGAUCAGGGAUACCUCUUUGAGUGACUGGUGGAGGAGCUUAGUCCCCAAAGACUCCUGUUCAAGGGAUCGCUGUGAGAGUCUGAGUACCCGGCACUGGGGACAUGAGGCAGUUACCACGUUCCAGACUGAGCCUGAGGUGAAUGUGUAUCUGCUUCCCAGAAACCCGUUGGUCCAUCCAUGUAUACAGAACAUGUAUAGGCACCAGACAGCGGGUGUUUGCUCUACCUGUGCUCCACAGGACUCCUUGGGGUUGAAAUACCAUGUGUUCAGUGUUGAACUCAUUAAUGAUCCAGUGUACCGUGUGGAGAGGGUCCUCUACUUUCUGUAUCUCUCAGUGCAAAUAUAGACACCUAAACCUA